CGCUUUUGCAUUUCUAAUGAACGUGAACUGACAAAGCGUGAAAGUGGUCUAAGCAGUAAAACAAAGCCAGCAAGUAUGUUCGAGUGUGCCAAGAUUAAUCAAUAUUCCAGAAACCUCAGGACUCCCCCUCCUUUCCCGUGGUGUUUUCCUUUUCCCCACUCUCCCUUGGCCCAGCACAGACUCCUCCCCUUUUCUUAAGUUGCCCUGAUAGUAACUUGCAGUUUCCGAGCACAUGCAUAUUGUCAGAGCUAGGCUGCUCUCUCACUGCGUUUAGUCACUCCGUCGUACCUGCUGGGGAAUUCACCUUGUCAUUUGCCUGGGGUUUCUUCCACCCGUUACAAAAUCCGAAAAGUUGUGUUCUCUAACACCAAAGAGGAGCUUUGACUUUCUGGGGGUGAUUCCGAGACACUGAAAUACAAAGAAGAGACCCUCCCAGAGCAGUAAAAUAUGACUAAAAGCAAUGGAGAAGAGCCCAGGAUCGGGGGAAGGAUGGAGAGGUUGCAGAGAGGAGUCCGCAAACGCACGCUCUUGGCCAAGAAGAAAGUGCAGAACAUCACAAAGGAGGAUGUUAAAAAUUACCUGUUUCGGAAUGCUUUUGUGCUCCUCACGGUCACUGCUGUCAUUGUGGGUACAAUCCUUGGAUUUACUCUCCGACCAUACAAAAUGAGCUACCGGGAAGUCAAGUACUUCUCUUUUCCUGGGGAACUCCUGAUGAGGAUGUUACAGAUGCUGGUGUUGCCACUUAUCAUCUCCAGUCUUGUCACAGGAAUGGCGGCCCUAGAUAGUAAGGCAUCAGGGAAGAUGGGAAUGCGAGCUGUAGUCUAUUACAUGACUACGACCAUCAUUGCCGUGGUGAUUGGCAUAAUCAUUGUCAUCAUCAUCCAUCCUGGGAAGGGCACAAAGGAAAACAUGCACAGAGAAGGCAAAAUUGUACAAGUGACAGCUGCAGACGCCUUCCUGGACUUGAUCAGGAACAUGUUCCCUCCAAAUCUGGUGGAAGCCUGCUUUAAACAGUUUAAAACCAACUAUGAGAAGAGAAGCUUUAAAGUGCCUAUCCAGUCCAACGAAACACUCGUGGGUGCCGUGAUAAACAAUGUAUCAGAGGCCAUGGAGACGCUCACUCGAAUCAAAGAGGAGCUGGUUCCAGUUCCAGGAUCUGUGAAUGGAGUCAACGCCCUGGGGCUCGUUGUCUUCUCCAUGUGCUUUGGUUUUGUGAUUGGAAGCAUGAAGGAGCAGGGGCAAGCCCUGAGAGACUUCUUUGAUUCUCUUAAUGAAGCCAUCAUGAGACUGGUAGCAGUGAUAAUGUGGUACGCUCCCCUUGGCAUCCUCUUCCUGAUUGCAGGGAAAAUUGUGGAGAUGGAAGACAUGGGAGUGAUUGGGGGGCAGCUUGCCAUGUACACGGUCACAGUCAUCGUCGGCCUACUCAUUCACGCAGUCAUUGUCCUGCCCCUUCUCUACUUCUUGGUAACACGUAAAAACCCUUGGGUUUUUAUUGGAGGCUUGCUGCAAGCACUCAUCACAGCUCUGGGAACCUCCUCAAGUUCUGCCACCCUACCCAUCACCUUCAAGUGCCUGGAGGAAAACAUUGGCGUGGACAAACGCGUCACAAGAUUCGUGCUCCCUGUGGGGGCCACCAUUAACAUGGAUGGCACUGCCCUCUAUGAGGCCUUGGCUGCCAUUUUCAUCGCUCAAGUGAACAACUUUGAACUGAACUUUGGACAGAUUAUUACAAUCAGCAUCACAGCCACAGCUGCCAGUAUUGGGGCUGCUGGGAUUCCUCAGGCGGGCCUGGUCACCAUGGUCAUCGUGCUGACAUCUGUGGGGCUGCCCACCGACGACAUCACGCUCAUCAUUGCCGUGGACUGGUUCCUGGACCGCCUCCGUACCACCACCAAUGUGCUGGGUGACUCCCUUGGAGCUGGGAUUGUUGAGCAUUUAUCACGACAUGAACUGAAGAACCGAGAUGUUGAAAUGGGUAACUCGGUGAUUGAAGAGAAUGAAAUGAAGAAACCAUAUCAGCUGAUUGCCCAGGAAAAUGAAAAUGAGAAGCCUUUAGACAGUGAAACCAAGAUGUAGACUAACACAAAGAAAUGCUUUCUUGAGCACCAGGUGUUUGAAAACCAUUAUAAAGCUUCCAUCCCAUUACAACUCAUUUUCUACAGUAAGCCCCUUACCUCGCUUUCCCUUACUCUGACAGUAUUGGAAGUAUUACUCCAAAAAGAAGGGAGAAUUUUACAGUGGCCAAACUGUGUGUCUUUUAUCCCACAUUUCAAAAUCUUAAAUCAUUUCACGUUAGUCUUACCUAAUAAGAUACUUGAGAUCAAAAAUAUUCUUCAUCAGA